AUGAAUGGCAAGCUGACAAUUGCUGUGCUACAGUUCGGGGGCGCCGUACUGGCGCUCAUUAUUUUCGGCGAGCUCAAUUUUUGGAGCGAACCAUUACAUUUCCAGUCAGAACCACCAACAAACAUUGGGCAAUGGAGCAACAUAUGUGCUUCGGCGUUUGCUGCUUGUGGGUCUCUAUACAUGCUCUUGGUGAAGUAUCUAGAGAGGGUGGAAGAGGAGGGUUCGACGCAUGACGACUUGAGCCACUGCCAUUGCACGUGCCACGAGCAUGGCAGCAUUCGCCCUCGCUCCAUCAGCGAUACCUCAGAAAUGGCCGAAACCUCGCGGCCUCCCGCGGCUGUGAUGGCAGACGACGCAGUACGCGUCUCCAGGCAUGACAUAGCACCAGGUUACAUGUUGUCUCCAACUCGGACUGAAACAUGUCCAGACACCGAGGAAGCGCUCCGCGGGUUGGGAAUCCAUGCCGUCGACUCCAACACAUCCACCGCAGCAGCGAGUGGGAUGACAAAGGCAUUGGUGAAACUUGCUACCUCCCUCGGGACCACCUCGUCGGGUCGAUUCGAUGAUAACGCCUUCCGGCAAGGCAAAGUGACGGGAUUUCCUGAAAUUCCAGGAGAACUGAAUCGAAACAGCAGACUAAACCAGAUCAAGCAACAAUGGGGAGAGCCCAACACGGACAUCGAAGACGGGUUGACGCCUCGAGGACGGCGUUCGCGAUCGAACAGCUUUAACGGCAGCAUCUCGAGAACCAAUUCGAUUGGUCCCCGAGCACCAUCCCCAAAUCCACCGCCGAGGUCGCCGACAAUGGGGCCUGGCACGUCGAUACUCGGCUUGCCAACCACGCACAGCCCGGAAAGCACCUCCGAACCCAUAUUCCCAUCACGACCCUCGGCAGAAGGAGAAAAGCCGAGGUCACAAGGCACUGUCGUCACACUCCAUGAGGGACCCAACUCGCCCGCGAUUGUUCUCUCCUCAGACGACGAACCCGGUGAUGGUCCCGAACCGGCGGGUACGAUGUCGAGUUCCACUGAACAACACGCCGACCAAACCGAAACACCAACGAAACCAGGAGGACUUAGCGUUCCAACGGAAGCAAAACGCGAUGCAUCUGGGGGGAUGUCACAACAUGGAGUGCAAGAGCAACAAGAGUCACUCCCCGCGGACGGCCAAUCCGCAGGAGAGGUCCAUGUUCCGGCUGCUCCGUCAACGAGCGAAGGAACAAAAUGA